CUGGGAAGGGAGCGCUCCCGGGAGGCCGCGCCGGCCCGAGUGCCCACGACUCUGCAGCCGCCGGGGGCUCAGGAUAAAGAGCGGCCGCGACCCGCGCGCUCGGGCAGCCGGGCAGCCAGCCGCGCUCCAGGUUCGUGAGUGGAGCCCAGCCUUAUAUGGACUGAUCGCUCGGGCAAUGGCCCAUUUUUUCCUCGCCACCAGCCGCCACCGCGCUCCGAGCGUCGGCCGGAGCCGGAGCUGACGCCGCCUUGGCACCCCUCCUGGAGUUACAAACUAAGGCCGCCGGGCCGCGGCGCUGGGCGCACAGGCAGCCCGCUGCCCGAGUCCGUUUCCGCGUGCUCUCAGAGAAGACAGAGGCACUGGCUUGGGCUUUAUUUUUUUUCCUCCCCUCUCUAGUGUUUCUUUCUUUUAAAAAAAAUAAUAAUUAUCUCGAUAAGUAAAGCCCAUCCCUCUCCCCUCCCCAUCCCUGCCCCCCAAGCCCUCCCCCUCGCCCUCCUGGGCUGGGGAGCAUCACGAACUGACCAAGUGAAGCUACAACUUUGCGACAUAAAUCGAGGGGUCUCAAGCCAUGUCGCUAACCAACACAAAGACGGGGUUUUCGGUCAAGGACAUCUUAGACCUGCCGGACACCAACGAUGAAGAAGGCUCAGUGGCUGAAGGGCCGGAGGAAGAGAGCGAGGGGCCCGAGCCAGCUAAGAGGGCCGGGCCGCUGGGUCAAGGAGCGCUGGACGCGGUGCAGAGCCUCCCCCUGAAGAGCCCCUUCUACGACAGCAGCGACAACCCGUACACCCGCUGGCUGGCCAGCACGGAGGGCCUCCAGUACUCCCUGCACGGGCUGGCAGCCGGCGCGCCCCCCCAGGACUCAAGCUCCAAGUCCCCAGAGCCCUCGGCCGACGAGUCACCGGACAAUGACAAGGAAGCGCCGGGCAGCGGGGGGGACGCAGGCAAGAAGCGGAAGCGGCGGGUGCUCUUCUCCAAGGCGCAGACCUACGAGCUGGAGCGGCGCUUCCGGCAGCAGCGGUACCUGUCGGCCCCCGAGCGCGAGCACCUGGCCAGCCUCAUUCGCCUUACUCCCACGCAGGUCAAGAUCUGGUUUCAGAACCAUCGCUACAAGAUGAAACGCGCCCGGGCCGAGAAAGGUAUGGAGGUGACGCCCCUGCCCUCGCCGCGUCGUGUGGCCGUGCCGGUCUUGGUCAGGGACGGCAAACCGUGCCAUGCGCUCAAAGCCCAGGACCUGGCAGCCGCCACCUUCCAGGCGGGCAUCCCCUUUUCGGCCUACAGCGCGCAAUCGCUGCAGCACAUGCAAUUCAACGCCCAGUACAGCUCGGCCAGCACCCCCCAGUACCCAACAGCACACCCCCUGGUCCAGGCCCAGCAGUGGACUUGGUGAGCGCCGCCCCUCCAAGACUCCAGGCCCCAGGCCGAGGCCCCACCCCGGCGGCGGCGGCGGCGGCGGCGGCGGCGGCGAGGAGGCCUCGGUCCUUCUGGUGGUUAUUAUUAUUAUUAUAAUUAUUAUUAGGGAGUCGAGCUGACUCUCGGCUCCGUUGUGGAGGCGCCGGGAGGUUGCCUGCGUCUCCGUGGAGUGGCAGAUUUCACCCAGCCCGCUCUGCCCCCAUCCUCUCUCCUUUGGAACCUUUGGAGAGGGCUGGACUAUAAGCCGUGUUUACAGAAUGUUUGCUCAGCUUCACUUCUUUGCCUCUCCCCGGGGUGAGGGACCAAACCGUCCCAGCGUUAAUGUCGUCACUUGAAAACGAGAAAAACACCAACCCCCCCCAACCCGGCUUUCGUGAAUUUUGUAAAAUAUGUUUGUGUGAGUAGCGAUAUUGUCAUCCGUCUUCUUCUAAAGCAAGUGGAGAACGCUUUUAAAAUAUAGAGGAUUUCUUCCUUUUUU